CAGAUGCUCAGAUUUCUAGCUUGAAAGGAGGCGGAUAUCAGCGUGGCGUUCAUUUUCCUCUUCAAUGUCGGUGGCAUUGCAAGAUGUGUCGGCAGUUGAUGUGUACUUUUGGGUGGCCUGUGACAUGAAACGUAUCACCUGGUAGAUUCGUCAUUGAACGGUCACAACGAAGGGCCGGUUGCUUCCUUAUUUGUGCUGGGUAUCGUCUCUUCAUGUUUGCCCCUUCAGAUCUUUCUUCUGUAUCCAUGGCUUCGACAUGCUGUUCUUCGACUCACCUUGCAGCUCUUUCACAAUGUUGUGGUUUGAGUUCCAUCUCUGGCCUAGCCCCACCUAUCUGUAAUAUCUGAAAGCUCACUUCCUCACAUUUCAAUGCACCUGCAACAUGUCGUGUACUUGCACCAGGUUUUUCUGACAUGCAAUCAGAGACAGAAAGAGAAUGUUGCGUUUAUUCUGAAUCACUUUCGAUGAAGUAACAAUUUGAAAUGCACCUACUUAUGACGAGAUGAACAGCCACUUGGUCGCAAAGCACAAGCGGCUAUAGAAACACCUCAAUUGUUUAUGUGUUUUUGGCUUAGUCUGAGGGAGGUUGAGCAACAACGAUGUGGGCAGCACAUGAGGGUCGCUUAUCAGGAGAUGUUGAAUGUGUUCCUUGAGUGCCAAUUUGUGCUUUGUAUCAACUUUCUACCAGUGCAUUGACCAUGCCUCAAGCCAGCUUCUCUCUGACUUCAAAGCCCAAUGUGCACGUUCGUCACCAUCAUCACAAGUACAGCUUUGAUAAAUCAGAUUAUGUAGGAUAUUGGCAGAAUUUGAAGAAGAAUAAGGCGUUCAAAGAGCCAUACGCCAAGGAUGACAAUCUCUGGGGCCACCAGCGAUUCAGCCCAAUGGAAUACAAGCCGGACCCUCAUUACAGACAGAAGGCCUGGUGGAGAGAGCCUGGAAUUCGACCAUGGGAGCACGACGAAUUGCUCUACCAUUCCAGACCUGGGAGAGGUCCUGGGUUGAAUCCAUGGAUCUUGUCCACCUCGGCAAAUGCUCCCUUUGCAACAUUCGACAAUGAACGCUUCCAAAGACAGUAGACAAAUCCGAUGGUGAUACCUCCUUG